AUGUCCGAUCAAUCACGUCAAAGAGCGACUGUGUAUGUUGGCGGUCUUGACGGUCAAGUGACGACGCAGACGCUUCACGACGCCUUCAUCCCGUUUGGCGAAGUCGUUGAUGUCUCCUUACCUAAACCAGAGCUAGCUUCAUCAACCGAGCCGCACAGAGGGUUCGGCUAUGUAGAGUUUGCACUGCCGGAAGACGCUCGAGAAGCGAUCGACAACAUGGACCAGUCUGAGCUGUAUGGUCGUGUGAUCAAAGUGAACCAAGCGAAACCACAGCGUGACGCCAACGAAGGACUCGGCAGUCGGACAGCAGUAUGGGAGCAGGAGGGUUAUGCUGCAAAGUACAGUAUAGACGAACCGGCAGAGACAAAUGGUGAUACGGUGGAAGACCCAAUGCAAGGGCUGGAGGGCCUCGCUGAAGCUGGUCCAAGGCAGCAGUAA